UACCACUGAGGAAGCUGCAGUGGGCCUGCCCCCUUUAGCAAUCGGAUGUUUACUUGCUUUGUCAGCUGUGUCCUCGCAGCCUAGCCUACUAUAGUCUACCUCCGAAUUGAUCAGAACCUCGGACUUGAACCCCAGAACAGCAAUACAUCAGACCGCCAAGGUUCCUUGUCACUCAUUUCCCCUUCUCUGCUACUAUAGGACCUUGAACAAGGGCGCAUUACGUUCACUUUUGUUUUUUUGCUAACCAGUAAAGAUGACAUUAAAAUCGAAUAAAAACGAACCCGCUGUCAUACUUGAGCGGGUGAACAGUGCUCGAACAGCCCUCUCCGACCUGUACCUGGAGCAGCUGCUUCAAAACAAACCAAAGCCAGAAAAGGGGGUUAUGCCAGCCUAUGAGACAAAAGGAGCAGAAGUAUACACCAAUGGCAGUGCUGGUCACAUGAACGGAACUGAGCCAACCAGGAUGCGUGAGGUGGCGUUUGAAAAAAAUCCCUCAGAGCCCAUGGGGGUGACUCUGAAAUUUAAUGGAAAACAGAAGUGCACUGUGGCCAGAAUAUUACAUGGGGGAAUGAUACAUAGACAAGGUUCCCUACAUGAAGGGGAUGAAAUAGCAGAGAUCAAUGGAACGAGUGUGGCCAACCAAUCUGUCGACCAGCUACAAAAGAUCUUGAAAGAUACCAACGGAGUAGUCACAAUGAAAAUCAUCCCCAACCAGCCAAGGUGCUCUCUUGUGUGUGAGCUGUUCUGUGUUACUCAACAGACGUACAUGAGGGCUCAGUUUGACUACGACCCUGCCAAGGAUGACCUCAUCCCAUGCAAAGAAGCAGGGCUGAAGUUCAAAACGGGCAACAUCAUUCAGAUCAUCAACAAGCAUGAUCCAAACUGGUGGCAAGGCAAGGUGGACAUCUCUACUGUCGACUUUGCUGGAAUCCUCCCCUCCCCAGAACUUCAAGAAUGGCGGGUGGCAAGUAAAAGCAAGGCCACAGAGGGCACCCAAUCCUGCAGCCCCUUUGGAAAGAAGAAGAAGUGCAAAGACAAGUAUCUGGCCAAGCACAGCUCUAGUAACACUUGUUAUUUGUUUAUACCCAAUACAGUCUUGAGAACUACCUAUACUAUCUACAUGUAUAAUGUAUUCUACAUGGCAUGGGAUUGGUUUAGAUCCCUAAACCACCCAUGUAUUAUUUUCUCCCUUUUGUUAGUCUUUGACCAGUUGGACGUGAUUUCUUAUGAAGAGGUUGUCCGGCUCCCUGCCUUCAGCAGAAAAACCUUGGUGCUUAUUGGUGCACCAGGUGUAGGAAGGAGCCACAUCAAAAGCUCGUUGCUGACCAAAUACCCAGAGAAGUUUGCCUACCCUGCACCACACACCACCAGACCCCCACGUAAGGACGAGGAGAACGGGCAGGAGUACUACUUCAUCUCCAAUGACGCCAUGACCAAGUGCAUCACUGGGAAUGAGCUGCUGGAGUAUGGCAGCUUCCAGGGGUUCAUGUUUGGAACCAAAAUGGAGACUAUCCAGAAGAUCCAUGAGCAAGGAAAAAUUGCCCUGCUCGAUGUGGAGCCACAGACAUUGAAACUUUUGCGGACGGCAGACUUUGCGCCUCUAGUGGUGUUCAUUGCACCUACCAACUCAGCUACCCAGUCGGAAGCUGUGCAGUCGAUCCAGAAGGAGUCGGAUGCCAUCCACUCCACCUACAGACACUUCUUUGAUGUGCUGCUGGUUAACAACGAUGUUGAUGAGAGUGUGAAAGGAGUGGAGGCGGCCAUAGAGCAAGCCACUUCCACCCCACAAUGGGUGCCAGUUUCCUGGGUCUACUGACCCGUGUACCCCCGAAGAACAGUCUAACAAAACUGUUUUAAUAUCACAAGACCUGGCCACGCAUUACUGAUACACCACCAGGUUUGGGUAGCAGCUAAUCGCUAUGGUUACUGUCAAUAAGUUUUGCACAAGUGCAUAAAAAAAAAGCAAUACAGAAGAUACCAUUUUAUUUCAGAAAGUAGAAUGAAACUCGCCACAAAGGGAUAUUUUACAUCUUUGUAAGAGCUUAGUGCUUCUGGCUUUUCAGGUGCUGAAUGAUGGGUGCCAUAUGACUGCAGCUGAUUAUUAGCAUGUGAAUGCAUAGAGGACCACUACUGUGAACGUUAACACUUUCCCUGACAGGGUUUCAUCAUCAGUAUCCUUAUCUCGGGUUGAAUUGUAAACAGGGUGUCAUGAAAUGUUACAUAACUAUAUUGUCCAUAUGGUCAUGUAUUAAAUUACAGGGAAAACGUGUGUUCUACAUUAAAUUGUCAAGGUUC